CCUAACACCCAACUCCUCAUGGCAUUCCCCCUCCGGCCUCUAUGCCUUCGGUUUCUUCCCCUAAAACGUCAACAGUUAUGCCAUCGGUAUCUUUCUUCCCGACAAAACUGUCGUCUGGACAGCAAAUAGGGACACCAAUCCAACCGUCCCUGACGACGUCGUCUCCCUACUAUUAUCCCCUGAGGGCCGGCUAAUCCUGCGCCGGAGGCAAGGCCAAGACGUAGACGUCAUCAGCCCCUCAACAACCAUUGCAUCAGCGUCAAUGCUCGACAGUGGCAACUUUGUUCUCUGCGAUUCCGAUUCCAGAAUUAUCUGGCAGAGCUUCGACAACCCGACCAACACCCUCCUUCCCGGCCAGCGCCUCACUCCUGGGAAAGAGCUCUUCUCCAGUGCCUCCGAGACAGACUACAGAAGAGGGAAAUUCAGGCUCAAGAUGCAGAGCGAUGGAAACCUUGUGCAGUAUCCUGUCCAUAAUUCACAUGACACAGCGCCUUACGCUUACUUCGCAUCUCAAACAGUCGGAGAAGGCGGUAAUGUCUCUCUGAACCUCAACAUAGACGGCCGCCUUUAUCUGCUCAACGGUAUCUUGCCUCUAAUGAAUAUAAGCAAUGAUCAAUUCCCUACGCAAGGAUACAUCAACUUCAUGAGGCUCAACGUUGGAGGAAUCUUCCGCAUCUACUCUCUCUCUCUCGGUAAUCUCACAACGACCAGCAGAUGGUCUUCCACGGACGAUGAGUGCCUUCCCAAAGGUUUAUGCGGAUUCAACUCUUUUUGCAUUAGUGCGCAGGUGUGCCGAUGUCUUCCAGGUUUCGUCUCCAUUCAGUCUGGAAACAACACAUCCGGCUGUUCUAGAAACUUCUCUGUGCCGGGCUGUCCCAAAAUUGACGAUAAACUGAAGUACGAUAUGAGAACAGUGGAAAACACAAUAUGGGAGGAUAACUCAUAUGAGAAUUUGGGUAUUAUGAAGAGUGAUGAAGAGUGCAGCAACGCAUGCCUUGAUGACUGCAAUUGUGAAGCAGCUUUGUUUAUAGACAGCCAAUGCAAAAAGCAGAAGCUUCCACUGAGAUUCGGCAGAAGGUCCCUGGAAAACUCAUACAUGGCUCUCGUUCGCAUCAGUUCAACCACAGAACCCGACAUAACAGGCGAUUCCUACCGUAAAAUCAUCAUCAAGAAAGAUCGGCGUACAGACAUCCCCAUUGGCAUUGUGCUUAUGUCUAUAGGCAUUUUGGCCUUGUCAAUUUCUGUGAUAUUCGCUCACAAGAAACAGAAGAAGUACAACAAGAUAAGUAAGGAUGAUGAUGCUAACUUUUUCGAGGGCCUUUCGCUGCAAGUGUUCACAUUCGAGCAUCUGUACGAAGCAACAAUUGGCUUCAAGGAAGAGGUGGGGAGAGGAGCAUCAGGCACGGUGUUCAAAGGGGUUCUGCAGAAUGGAGAGAAAAUGGUGGCGGUGAAGAGGUUGGAGAAGGAAUUUGCACAAGGAGAGAUAGAGUUCCAAACAGAGCUGAGGACAAUUGGGAAGAUGUAUCACCGGAACCUGGUCCGGCUCCUUGGAUACUGCUUCAAUGGAGAAAACAAACUACUGGUGUUUGAGUACAUGGCCAACGGAUCCCUCUUUGACAUACUUUUCAAUCAAGAGAAACGGCCGAGCUGGGAGGAACGGAUGGAGAUCGCUCGAGAUAUAUCGAGAGGGAUACUGUAUCUGCACGAAGAGUGCGAGACGCAGAUCAUUCACUGCGAUAUAAAGCCUCAGAACAUACUCAUGGACGAUAAUUGGCAUGCCAAGAUAUCGGAUUUCGGGCUGGCGAAGCUCCUAAAACAUGAUCAGACCAAUACACAUACUGGGAUAAGGGGCACUAAGGGAUAUGUUGCGCCGGAGUGGUACCAGAAGAAGGCGAUCACAGUGAAAGCGGAUGUGUAUAGCUUUGGAGUGAUGCUACUAGAGAUCAUAUGUUGUAGGAAGUGUGUUGAUUCGGACAUGAAUGAGGAUGAGGCGAUUCUUGAGGAAUGGGUUUACGACUGUUAUGCAACAGGGAAGAUUGGGAGUCUGGUGGGGGAUGAAAUGGUGGAGGAGAGGAUGGCGAAGAUAGGGAUAUGGUGUGUGCAAUAUGAUCCAUCGUUGCGUCCAACAAUGAAGAAAGUCCUGCUAAUGUUGGAGGGCACUGUUGAGAUUCCGAUACCACCAAGUCCGAGUUCUUUCUUAAGCUCAAUCUAGCUUGACGAAUGUGCUCUAAUGUUUUUUUUUCUUUUACUUUCUAAUUAAUUAUGUCAUGUAUCUUGCUUGUAGGGAUGUCAAUCUAGCCUGAAACCCACGGGUCGACCCGAAUUACCCGAUAGGGUUAGGGCCGAAAAAUUACAACCCAUAUUCAGAAGCGGGUUACAUGGGCUAACCCGUUCGGGUCGGCGGGUUAUGUGGACUGGCCCGGGUGGGUUGCGGGUUGGCCCACGG